UUUUGAGAUGAAGCACGGGUGAAAGUCCGGUAACAUUCAAAUGGCGGAAAAAGAGAAUAUAGACAACACAGAGGAAAGGGGACCUACUUUAAGAAGAAAGAGCUCUUCAUUUUGGAAAAGGAAUCCCCUUAAAGCACGUCCCCAUGAAUCCAGCACACCAGCAGCCAACAAGGAACCUCAGUUAUCAAGUGAUGACAGCUUUAUUUUGGCGCUGGCAAGGGCGGCAAUGACUUUCAUGAAUAUAAGGAGGAGAGACACGACUGCCCCAGACUUGGAGGAAGCUGAGUUAAAGGCAGAACACUUAACAGAACAGCAGUCGAGGGAAGCAGUCUUGAAGAAGGUUGAAGGGAAUGUUGAAGACUCUCUGUCAAGUAAGGAAGUCAAGAGUUCGAGCAGGAAGCAAAAAGCCAAACAAAAGCUAAAGAAGUCACUGAUUGGGAGAAAGAGGAACAUGAAGUCACCAGUUGCAAACGAACUAUCUGAAAUCACUACUCCUCUCCUGACCACCACAGAAGAAAAAGAGGAGUCAAAGGAGCAAGCUGCCGGAGUGAAGGCGAUCAAAAGGAAAGACAGCGGUGUCAUAAAGAUUGAGCUGACCGAAGCGUUGGAAGAUGAUUUAAUGAAGUCCAAAUGCUACACCAAAACAGAAGUUCGAGAGGAAAAGACCAAGAAAUCGAAGAAGUCACUUAAAGGAGCAGGAAAGAAGGUGAAGAUUUUAGCAAAGCUCUUCAAAUCACAUUUCCCUGAAUCCAGCAGCCGCGGUGCCGAGGAAAGUGCCUCAUCUGACGACAGCUUCAGCAUAGCCACCAAGAUCAUGGAGAAGGUGGAGACUCUUAUGAACGAUGACGCCCUGAAUGAUGUGGUAAAAGCUGAGCAGCUCACUUCAAAAAGUGAGAAGAAAGAAACGGACACAGCGACAGCAAGAAAGAAAAAAUCCCUGUCCAUGUAUUUCCCCAAAAUGGGGCGCAUCCAGAUAAUUGAAAAGAGGAAGAAGAAGGAGGUCAACAAUGAGCUCCAUCUGUCAAAGCAGUCGGUCAUCAUCAUCAAGUCUCCAGAUUCAGAUUGAAGUGAAGCCCCAGAAGCAGUAGUGGGAAGUGUCACAGUAUCACACAAAAACGAUUGAAAGUCCUGAAAGUGAAGGAAGCAGAAGGAAGAAAUAUAUCUGUGACUUGACUUUGUGUCAGUAUUUCUGUAGACCUAACGCUCAAAAAUACUUUGGGUGAUAAGUUGUUAAUAUAUUCUGUUUACUCUGGGUACUCCAGUUUUCCCAUUUAACAAGCUCAAUAAAGUUAGCAUUUGAAUGGAUUUGCAUUUUCAUAACUAUAUAAUCUGUUUCACCAAUGUAACAAAUACUAAGUUUUAGCAAUAGUGGCUAAAAUGGAAUGAAAUAAAAAAAAUGAAAACAUAUUCAAUGAAGACAGGAUGGCAACAUCA